AUGCAUGCUCGGACUCACAAGAUCACCGUUGUCGGCUCUGGUAACUGGGGGACUGCUGUUUCCAAGAUAGUGGCUGAAAAUGCGAAAUCCCACUCCAACAUUUUCGAACCUACUGUCAACAUGUGGAUUUUCGAGGAAGAAGUUACCAUCCCAGAAGACUCUAAGCAUCGCAAAACCUUGGGUAGCCACCCAAUGAAGCUGACCGACAUAAUCAAUUCGGUCCACGAGAACGUCAAGUACCUUCCGGGAAUUGCCUUACCAAGUAACCUUGUCGCCAAUGCCUCUAUUCAGGACGCCGUCAAGGGCGCGACUAUCUUGAUCUUCAACCUCCCGCACCAGUUCAUGGUGAAAACAUGUCAGCAAAUUCAGGGUCAUAACCUUCCCUAUGCCCGAGGUAUCUCCUGCGUGAAGGGGGUCGAAAUAACGAAAGACACCGUUUCUCUCUUCUCCGAGAUCAUUACUGAAACUCUAGGCAUAUACUGUGGAGCAUUAUCAGGAGCCAAUUUGGCCCCUGAGGUAGCAGCCGAGAAAUGGUGCGAGACAACAAUUGGAUAUGACGUGCCUCCAAUGGAUGUACAACAAGGCGGCCCUGAAUCUCCCGCCAACAUCUCGAAAGUGAACGAGCAAAGAGAAGCCCACACGAAGCCGUCUUCAGUCGAGGUCCAGCCUGUUCCCGAGGAAUAUGUCCCGGUUGAUGAAAAUUUGUUACAGAAACUUUUUCACCGGCCUUACUUCAAUGUCCAUAUCGUCCCAGACGUCGCCGGUGUAGCCCUUUCGGGGGCCUUGAAAAAUAUUGUCACCCUCGCCGCUGGUUUCGUCGCUGGUCGCGACUGGGGUGACAAUGCAAAAGCGGCGAUCAUGCGAAUAGGACUACUCGAAAUGAUGAAAUUUAGCGAGCUGUUCUUCCCGGAUAGCACCUAUCCCCAGACUAUUACUCAAGAAAGCGCCGGCGUUUCUGAUCUCAUUGCGUCUUGCUGCUCCGGGAGGAAUUACCGUUCUGCAGUGAAGGCAGCGCAAACGGGAAAAACAAUAGAUGAGAUAGAACAGACAGAGAUGAAUGGCCAGAAGCUUCAAGGGGCAUCGACGGCGAGGCAAGUGCAUUCCUUCUUAGAAAAGCAAGGAAAAGCGACUGAUUUUCCUCUCUUCACUGCCGUAUACGAAAUCCUCGAGUCAAAAUCCAGCAUCAGCGAUCUUCCCCGCCUCGUGCAGCAGAAAUAA